CUUUUGAUGGUCUUUUGGAAUAUCUCGGCUAAAUUACCUUACCUGUUCUACUUUUUUCUAAAGUGUUAAUUGCAUCGCAGCAUAUCUCGUUAUUGUGUACACUAGUGCAAUUAUUUCUUCCAUCUAAGCCAAACUACAGUUUUCAUUAUUGCAGUAAACACGAAACCACACACACACACACACUCACAUAGAUACGACGGCUGGAUUAUGCAUUAUGCCGCCACAGAUGCCACAAGGGUUGGUAUCUCAGCAUCCGAGAUGCUUAAGAUUAUGCAUUUAUUCAAGUGCAUUGUGGCAAGCAAAUGCCGCAUACGGAAUCAUUAUGGCCAGAGUAUAAAUUCUGCAUAUGCUGCAUGCUAAUCGCAACGUUUACUUUUGCGGCUAAGUGUAUUUCAAUUAAUGUCAGCCCCGAAACAUAAUUUCGUAGAGGACCAACAUUAAUGCAUACUAAAGUACACAAUGCAUUUGAUGUACUGCAUCAAUGUGGCUAUCAUUUAGUUGAAAUUGAAUAUUGAUCAAUUAUGCCAUAACCAUCAUAAUUUUUAGUGCUACUUCAAUUAAACAGUUUCGGUAUGAGGCUGUUUAGACAAUGUAUAGUGCAUAGCAUUUACAGCCAAUAAAAAAAUGUAUCUGAUUAGAUUAGGUUAUUUGUACUUGAUUUAGCGAUAAGUUGACGAGGUGUAACACGAAAAUAGUUAUGCCUCGCGCACUUUUCUGAUUAAGCACCUGUUGUUAUCAACUGGUUGCAGAAAGACAUAUUGCUAUCUGACGGCGCUGAUGGCUCCACGAUUUAACUUUUUAAUUAGCUAAACACAAUCUUCAUUGAUAUUUAUGUUAAAAUAUACCUAUAUUCACAACUAUAAGCAAAAAGAAAGCUUUUUCUUUUUGCUACUUAUUAACGAUAUCGUUUGCUAAAAAUGCCCAUAAUCAUGAUUAAAACGCCGCACCUGUUACCAGGUCGUUGGCAGCGUUUCUUAAUCUAAAUUCAGUAGACUGAUAAAAGAAAAGGUAACCGUGAAAACCCAAUGGCCUUGUUGAAAUUGGUUUAAGUGCAUUGUGCAUACAUCUGGACGUCCAAUAAGUCCAUAAACUUGAGCAACAAUUAAAAAUGAAUAAUCAAUGAAAAGAAAACAAAACAAUUGGAAAAGAUUAUGAUUAAGGUAUGAUUAUCGCAUAUGGAAAGAAUAAAACAGCUGCGAUUAGGUUUUAAUGGGUUAGUUAACCAGCGAUAGGACUCGGUGAAGGCAUUCCGAAUAUAAACGUGGUCGGAAUGUGCUGUCGGUGCUGUGGUGUGACCCAACAAAAGGUCUGGGUUUUUGGCCUUGGAUCACUGUUCACAGUGUUCGGUCUCCUAGCUGUAAUAUGGUGGCCCACUCUCAUAGAUAGUAUCAUAAUGAAGGCCUUGCCGCUGACGCCCACAUCGAGAACCUAUGAGAAAUGGGCGGAUUUGCCCAUUCCCGUUUAUAUGAAUAUGUAUCUGUGGAAUUGGACGAACGCGGAGGAGGUUAAGCUGCAUGGCGUUAAACCGAAUUUCCAGCAAUUGGGUCCCUAUGUCUAUAGAGAGGAGCGCGUAAAAAUGGAUGUGGAGUGGCACGAGAAUAAUACGGUGACCUUCAAGCCUAAUCGCACCUGGUUCUGGGAGGAGGAACUCUCCGGUGGCAAGCAAACGGACUUGGUGACGGUGCCACAUCUACCAUCGAUUGCCGCAGCGGCUAUGAUGCGUGACAGUCCCUCACUGAUUAAGUUUUUUUUUAACAAAGCGCUCAAUGAAAAUGGUGGUUUACUCUAUGCCACCCACACGGCCAGCGAGUGGCUCUUCGAUGGUUUCUAUGAUGAAUUUCUGCAUUAUGCAAUGACUUUGAACAAUCCUCUGGCGCCGCCAAUUGAAACGGAUCAGUUUGCUUGGUUUCUAAAUCGAAACGGUUCCAAAGACUUUGAGGGCGCCUUCACGGUGCACACGGGCGUAGGUGAUAUCAAAGAAAUGGGCGAAAUUAAAUUCUGGAAUGGUGAAAAUCAUACUGGUUGGUAUGAGGGCGAAUGCGGUCGUCUCAAUGGCAGCACCACAGAUCUCUUUGUUCCCGACGAACCAAAGGAGAAGGCACUCACCAUAUUCAUAGCUGAUACCUGCCGCAUUAUCAAUUUGGAGUUCACGGGCCAAAGCCAUGAGAUUGAGGGCAUUCAGGGCUGGAAAUACGAGGUGACGCCAAACACCUUCGACAAUGGACAACGGCAAGCGGAUAUGAAAUGCUACUGUCCGGUUGACAAACAGCCCGAUAAUUGUCCAGCUUCGGGCGCCACAAGCUUGGGUCCCUGUUCCGAUGGUGCUCCCAUGUAUCUAUCAGCCUCUCAUUUCAUGUAUGCCGAUGAGAGUUAUGCUAACACCAUAACUGGCCUUGACCCAAACUAUGAACGCGACAAUUUCUUCAUCAUAAUGGAACGCAAACUUGGAGUACCGCUUCAGGUGAAUGCAGCCAUCAUGGUCUCAUUGUAUAUGGAAGCAGACGCGGACAUCGACAUUAUAAAAGACAUACCAACCUUCUAUGCGCCACUCUUCACAACCGGCAGCUCUGCAAUUAUUAACAAGGAACUCGCUUCCGAGUUGAAGCUGGUAUUAAGUCUACCCGCAAUUGGACGCUAUACGGGCAUUGGCUUUCUAUGCUUGGGCUGCAUCCUUUUGGCUGUAGGAAUUUUCCUCACUCUCAAACGCAAGUGGUAUGGACAGGCGGCAGCUGAUAGGGCGGCACUUAUCAGUGCAGACACAAACAACUCAACUGACCCAGAAACAGUUCCAAAAUAAUGCUUCGCGCUAAAAAAGCUGAUGCACUCUAAUAUCUGUUCGAUAUACAAAUUUUAAAAUUUAACAAAAAGUGAUUUUUGGAUUGUGAUUCA